AUGUGUAAAAGCCUAAAGAUUAUCAACCUUUGCUUUGCUAAUGACUUAGUGAUUUUCUGUAAAGCUAACAGCGGCUCAGUCCAGAUUGUUAAACAGGUUUUUGAGGACUUCUGCAAUAGUACAGGAUUGAAGGCCAAUCUCAGUAAAUAUCAAGUGUUUUUUGGAGGUGUUUCGGCUACUGUCAAGGUCCAGUUGCUUCAGAUUUUGCAGCUUGAAGAGGGAACUUUUCCUCUUAAAUAUCUGGGGAUUCCUAUGAGGCCAACAAAAUGGAAAGUGGCAGAUUGUGGUGAGAUCCUUAAAAAAAUUAAACUAAAGCUUCACACUUGGGCUAGUAGACAUUUAUCUUAUGCAGGGCAGACUCAACUCAUUACAUCUGUUCUUUUGGGUUUGCGAAACUACUGGAUGAACAUCUUCUUGCUCCCUCAAAGCAUAGUUAAAGAGGUAGACAAGCUAUGCUUGUGGUUUCUAUGGGGUAACAAUGGUACCAGAAGUAAUUUUCAUCUCACCUCCUGGUCCACUGUUUGCUUGCCAAAUUUUUUUGGAGGUUUGGGUUUCGGUGAAGGAGCUAAGUGGAACAAGGCAAUGCUUGCCAAAUAUGUUUGGGCUAUUAGUCACCAACAAGAGACUCUGUGGGUGAAAUGGAUAAACACUGUAUACUUAAAGGGUCAAAGUUUCUGGCAAUACCAACUUAAGGCAGAUUCAAGUUGGUAUUGGCGCAAAAUUUGUCACAUUCGAGAAAUUUUUACUCAAAAGGAAGUCGAUGAAGCUGGCAGUCAAGGGAGAUUCAAAAUUGGUUUGCUUUAUACGAGAUUUAUACACCAAGAUCCAGUCAAGUACCAUCGCUUUGUGUGGAAUAGGAUGAGUGUGUCAAAGCAUCGAUUUAUUACUUGGCAAGCGGUGAAUGAUAAGUUGUUAACUUGGAAUCACUUGCAUGGGUUGCUUAUGCAUCUUGAUUGCUUCCUCUGCCCGGUUUGUGAACAAGCUGAAGAGAACCAUGAACAUUUAUGUUUUGAUUGCUUUUUCUCUCAGCAGGUGGUGCAUCAAAUACAAGAUUGGAUUGGAUGCAAUUUGCCUUUAAAAUUCAGUGGCUGGACCCGUUGGAUUGAAGAUAUGAGAAGAGAUGUUAAGGCAGCGAUUGUGGCGGCUAUAUGA